UGGUGUUCCUUGUUGCCGUUUCUAGUUUUCAGCAAUAGAGGUCGCUACGGGAGUUGUCCACUGUUUCUCCCACCAUACCACUCAGCCCAGCUAGUAACGCUGCUGCCCCUCAGACUCGCUCGGCAAACAUGGCGGAUAGUGCAAGCGAGAGCGAAACUGAUGGAGCCGGGAGUGGCUCGGCCGCCCUGACACCCUCUUCCAGCAAAGCGGGGAUUGUAAUCUCCCCAUUCCGACUGGAAGAGCUUACAAACCGACUGGCUUCGCUGCAGCAGGAGAAUAAAGUGCUGAAAAUCGAGCUGGAAACGUACAAACUGAAGUGCAAAGCUCUGCAGGAGGAGAACCGGGAACUGCGUAAAGCCAGCGUCACCAUUCAAGCCAGAGCAGAGCAGGAAGAGGAAUUCAUCAGCAACACACUGUUUAAGAAGAUCCAAGCCUUGCAGAAAGAAAAGGAAACUCUUGCUGUGAAUUAUGAGAAGGAAGAAGAGUUCCUUACAAACGAACUGUCCCGCAAACUUAUGCAGUUGCAACAUGAGAAGGCAGAACUUGAACAGCAUUUAGAGCAGGAACAAGAGUUCCAAGUGAACAAACUGAUGAAGAAAAUAAAGAAACUGGAGAAUGACACUAUAUCCAAGCAGCUCACACUGGAGCAGCUAAGACGUGAGAAGAUUGACCUUGAAAAUACAUUGGAGCAAGAACAAGAAGCACUAGUUAAUCGCCUCUGGAAACGGAUGGACAAGCUAGAGGCAGAGAAAAGAAUUCUGCAGGAGAAACUAGAUCAGCCAGUGUCUGCCCCACCGUCACCCAGAGACAUAUCAAUGGAAAUUGACUCCCCAGAAAACAUGAUGCGGCAUAUCAGAUUUUUAAAGAACGAAACGGAGAGGCUAAAGAAACAGCUCCGAACUGCUCAGUUACAACAUACGGAGAACAGGGCACAGUAUAUAGAAGAGGAACGACACAUGAGGGAAGAGAACAUUCGGCUCCAGAGAAAGCUGCAAAGGGAAAUGGAGCGGAGAGAAGCCCUCUGCAGGCAAUUGUCUGAAAGUGAAUCCAGCCUUGAAAUGGAUGAUGAAAGGUAUUUUAACGAGAUGUCUGCACAAGGACUUCGUCCUCGCACGGUGUCCAGUCCAAUACCUUAUACACCGUCUCCAAGCUCUAGUCGACCAAUAUCACCUGGUCUAUCGUAUGCAAGUCACCCAGUUGGUUUUACACCACCUACUUCAUUGACAAGAGCCGGAAUGUCUUACUACAACCCCCCAGGCCUUCUUGCGCAUGGUGUUGCCAGGCCUUCCCCCAGAAGAAGCAACAGCCCUGACAAAUUUAAACGUCCAACUCCCCCACCUUCUCCAAACACGCAAACAGCAGUCCAGCCACCACCACUGCCUCCUGUCCAGUCGACAUCGUCACAGGCAGCUACUUCCCAGCACUCGGUGCAUCCCUCCUCACAGCCGUAGUUCAUGUACUCUGCAGCAGCUUCAUCCAGAGUGGACUUGUGACACCGAGCGCUUUACUAAAAGCCAAAGGCUUAACCGGCAUAUUUGGAUUUGACUUACUUGCACUGAGAUUAUAUAGGCUUCACUGUUAACUGUGUUGUAAAUGCUUUGUUUAGAAUGCAGCCGGUGUUGUGGCCCUACAACACUAAACUUAACAACAUAUAUUAUUGUCAGUGUUUACUGGAACAAUGUGUUGGACCAUUCUCUGGCUGAAACUUUUGCCACUCAAAUCUUUUGAAAGUACUGCAUUGUUUAAUGUCAUGUCACUCAACUUCAAUGGCUUUUGAGGCUUGUUUAAGAAAAAGGGAACCCUUUUAUGAUAUUUUUCUCCUCCGUACAGAACUAACGGGCAUAAAAAAAAUAUAUAAUCGGUAAGCAAAAUGCCUCGGUGUUUUAAUGUGGAUUUGCCAAGCGCUAUUUAGAAUCAGCACUACAUUUUAAGUAUGUAAUAGUUUCUGGUACAGAAGUCACUGACACAUCAAUCAGCGCCGGAUAAUUGUAAUCUGUUUGAUGUGCAAAACGAGCUUUUGGAGAUGUUCAGUGACAUAUCUUGAUGGUCUGUCCUUUUCAAGAAAAAAAAUAUAUCUAAAUAUCACACAUAAAUGGAAGGUACUGUGUAGAAAUAAAUACAAGAGAUGUUAUAUAUAGUUAAAGAGCAUGUAUAACAUGGAGCUUAUUUUUAAAUUUGAUUUAUUUUGAGGGUUUAGGGGAUUCUGUAACAUAAUUUAUUAACUUGUAACCCCUUCGGAUUUUUAUUUAGAAAGCAACGAUCUCUUGCGGGGGGUUCACAAUACUUGGAAGUACAAUGAAUACACAGUUCUGAGUGCUUUCGUUGGCUAUAUAUAACUGUAAUGUGCUCCAUAAUUAUUGCUUCAGAAGGCAGUAGAUGAAGAUAGUUUAAUAAUGGGUGUUUAUCUUUACAAAGAUGUUUCAUGCUUUCACAUCCAAGAGUUAACAAUAUUGAAACUUAACCAACAAAAGUGUGUCCUGGAUAGACCGUUAACAAGAAAAUGUACAUGUUUAUGGUUUACAGAUGUAUGUGACUUCGUAGCGAGACGUUUUAUUGUUUGUGUGAGAGAAGCAAAACCUGGCAACUCAUGCAGCAGUAUCAACCUGGUACAGUGUUCAAAUACAUCAUUUCCAUUUCAUUGAUACAAUAAAUCAUUUGGUUAUACUUUGCAGUGGAAUAGAUGAUAGGUGUCUUUUUAAUUGGAGGAAGUCUGUCUUAUUGUAGUGCUGCUAUUUUUUGAGUCUUCACCCUUCAUAUCCAUCUUGUAAUGGAAUAUAAUGUUAAAUACCAUCUAACAUUAUAUUCCAUUACAUUGCUAUAUCAGUGAGUAUCAAGAAGUGUCGGACUACAAACACAGGUUAGAGCAGUGGAUCUCAAUCCUGGUCCUGGGGGACAACUGUUCUGCUGGUUUUUGUUCUAACCGAGCUGCCAAUUACUUAAUUGAAUCCUAAUUUAGCUAAUAAUUUGCUUAAUUUUACUUUUUAAAUUGUGUAGCUUAUAAAAAGUUGGAGAUUUCAAGUUCCUUAUACCAUUUUAUACUUAACUUGAAAUCUCCAUCUUUUUAAAAUCAUCUAAGAGCUCAGAUUAGGCACAUUUUCAGUUUAAUUACUUCAGUUAAGUAAUUGGGAGCUCAGAAACCAGCAGGGCAGUGGUCCCCCAGGACCAGGAUUGAGAACCAUUGGGUUAGAGGGUUCUGUAAUAAUAACCUGUGUUAUUGCAUUAAAUACUUGCUAUGGCCACCAUUCAUCUACUGUAAACGAGAGGUUAUAUACAACAGAAAGCAGGAUUUUCACAUUCUGAACAUCAUCCUACUGCUAGGUUAGGAGUCAUUUUUCCAAACAAAGAACAAGGUGGCGAAAUGGUAUUGUACACAUCCGGCAUCUUUAAAGUAAAAUUAAUAUACAAUUAGUUUUCUGUUAUUCUUCUAAUUAUUUGGUGUGGUAGCCCCUUUGUGUUUGUAUGAUUGAAUAUAUUAAAUCAUGCCCCCCCCCCCCCCCCAAAUAUUUGGUAAACUAGGAGAGAUCAGUAUUGUGGUUUUAAUGAUUUGAUUAGCUAUAUAGAAAAUUUGUGGCCAGAAAGGUCAUAAGAACAUUGGUGGAUGCUAAAGAGAGGUGGCUGCCUCAUCAACUCAAUAAACAGCUUAGCUCGAUAGUUUGUCUUACUGAGAUUGAUAUUCAGCCAGUUCAAACACAAUAAAAAAAACUCUGAAUAAUUAGAUUCUGCAUGAUGCACACAACCUGUAUCGCACUGUUUAGAUAUCUUCUAUAUGGUUUCCACAAUGCAUCCGACAUAUGGGAGAAUGGUAUGAAAUUGACAGCUGAUCAAAAGCUAAAGCUAUCUUCAAAUAAGCAGAACCUUUUUUUGUUUCGCUUUAUUAUUAUCAAAGUGAGGUAACUACAGGGUUUAGAUAUGAACAAUACUUUUAAUGUUAGUCUGAAGAUUAUACAAAAAAAAGUACAUUUGUUUUAACUUUUGUUUUUUCAAGAUUGAGCAUGUUGAUUGGGUGUCUUUGUGAAAACUGUUACAUCUUUUCAUAGUUUUAGAGAAAAUCUGAAAACCGCAAGUUUUUGAUCUUCCUGUUGGUAUCUUAAUAUUGAUCUUUUUUUUUUUUUUUUUUUAAAGUAAAAUUGUUACCUAAUUCCUAGUAUGACAACAAUAUGCAUUUAUAAUUGGCGUGCACCACAGGAAUAUGCUUUGGGAGUUAUCUGUUGUAUUUUUUUUUUUUUACUUUUUGCAAACUGCUAAAUAGACUGUUGACAAUGAAUGUAAAAGGUUUGCUUGUGUUUAACUGCUAUCAUUUCUGGAACACCAUUGAGCCUUAACUUGCUGUGGUAUGGCAAACAUGUAAGCACUGUCUAGCUUUCCCACUUCAAACAAUUAAAGCCAUAAUGUGUUCUAA